AUGGAGGUGUCCAGGGUGAGAAUCGCGCUAAUAUGCCAGGCUAAAACAAGCUGGGUCGAAAAUCCUGGUCUACGUCAUCACAGGGAAGGCCAUACUUAUAGCGACCGAAAGACAUACAUUCACUUUGUCUAUAGAAUUCCCGAUCAAUUGGCAUUAAAACACCUUGAACCUGGCAAGCACCAAAUACCCUUUGAUUUUAAGCUGCCUGUUGAGGACAUUGCACCAUCGUACGAGAGUGACCACGGAUUGAUUGAAUACUAUUUGGAAGUAACUAUCGAUAAGACCACUGUGGACGAGGUGCAGACGGUUAGGACAGGGAUCACAGUAAAGGCUCCGAUGCGACACAAUUUGCACGUA